AUGAUUUCUCGUGAGAAAGACACCGAUUACCAAAGUGCACUUUACUACGAUCUCGUUCUUGAUGACAUCAUCCUAUCUGAGUUUGAUGGAUCAACAGAACAAUUACAGCACUUACUCAAUCUCGAUUGUGCCUUAGCACUAAGCGUUUGCAAGAGUCGCAAUCUUCCCCCGUGUGUUUUUGUUUUAAGUCUUCUGUAUAUGAAACGUUUACGUUCACUUCAUUGUUCAUCAAUAUUGUCGACAAUCGAUGACUUAACAACGAAAGAAUUGUAUUUAAUAGCAACAUUACUUGCUAGUAAAUAUCUUGUUGAUGAAGGCGAAGACGAACAGCUGUUCAACUCGGAAUUAGCUGAGCUGACGAACAUAAGUACAGAACGCAUUAAUUUUAUUGAAAGACAAGUUUUAACUGCGUUGAAUUGGGAUUUACACAUAUCAGACGAAGAAUUUCAACAAUUUUUUACGUUAUUCAAAUGUCAAAUAGCACGAAAACUUCGCAAAUCUGUCGACAAGAUCGAUACCGAAGACUCAAUGAAAUUUUACAAUUUAUGUAUUCAAUGUCUUCCACAAAUUCUUGAAUAUCUUGCGUUGACAAGUUUAGUCUUACUCGGUUCAACACUAUCGAUUCUCACGGCUGUACACAUGAGUGCACUAACUCAUUCAACCUUAAUGAAAACACUAAACCCAUCCUCAAAUUGUCCUUAUGCAUCGGUUUGUCAUUGGAAUACGAAUGAUCCGGAGAGAACGAAUACAAGUCAUGGCAUACAGAAUACGAUGUUCAAUUUUGAACUAUCACCGUUAGAUAUUUCGACGAAUUUUGUGAAUGAAAGUACCAAUCAAUAUCCAUCGAUAUUUCACCUACCGUCCUGUUCUCUAAAUCUUCUUCGAUCACAUUCAUUGUCGAGACCGUUUAUUCAAACAUUUGGUUGA